AUAACUCAUCUCUCUGCUCUGCACCUCAAAAAUUUAAUUCCCAAUCAAAAAUGGAAACCAAUCUUCCCCUUCUCUUUCUUCUCAUUUUACUCUCAAUCUUCCUCUCCUGCACCGCCAAGCGCUGCCCGGACUGCGGCCGCACGCCGGUGCCGUACCCACUCAGCACACGCCCAGAUUGCGGUGAUCCUCUUUACAGAGUUCGGUGCACCGCCGGCGUGCUCUGGUUCGAGUCCGUCAAUGGGUCUUCCUAUUUGAUCACUUCCGUUAAUCCGGUGGCCCAGAGGUUGAUUAUCCGGCCGCCGGGGUUGGCGAAAAACACCUGCGUUUCAUCGGAUUUUGGGAGCCAUGGAUUUUGGCUCGACAUCGGCCAUCCUUUCACCAUUACCAAUAGAAACACGGUUCUACUCUUCAAUUGUUCGAUGGAAGUCCUGGAAAAUAGUUGGAACUGUUCGGCUAACAGCGUCUGUCAUGACUACAUCAAGCAGAAUCCGGUGGUCAUGGGGGCGUGUAAGGCGGCGCCGACGUGCUGUUGGUAUACAAGUGGAGGGUCCAUUACUGAGUACAGAAUCAGGGUGCGGAAGGAGCGGUGUUCGGCUUAUGAAUGCUUUGUGAAUUUGGGUGGUUCUGUUCCGGCGAAGAAGAAAUGGCCAGAACCUGGGGUGGAGAUUCAAUGGGCACCUCCGCGAGAGCCGCCGUGUCGAGUGGCUGCAGACUGCCGGAAUUGGGAGAAUUCUGCUUGUUUGCCGGAACCUGCAAAUGCUCGCCAGAUGAGGUGCUUCUGCAAGGUGCCUUUCAAGUGGGAUCCUGUUAAUGGCUUGUGUAAUGGCAACAAUGUGAAAAUACAGAACAAGAGAAUUCACAAGAAGCAUAAGAAGAUGCCUGCUAUUCUUGGAGCAAUGGCUGGAGUGAUCGUCGUGGUGAUUGGAGGCUCGACCAUGUUUAUAAUUUUCAAAAGACGUCAACAGAUUCCGAAAGGGAACGAACUCAAUUCGAAACAAGUUCGUGAAGUGAUUCUAACAGCCAACAGCAGUGGCAAAUCGGCGAGGAUGUUCACAACCAAAGAGAUAGCAAAGGCUACAAACAACUUCUCGAAAGAGAACUUGCUUGGCUCUGGUGGCUAUGGAGAGGUUUUCAAAGGCAGCUUAGAAGAUGGAACCUUAGUAGCUGUUAAGCGCGCCAAGUUGGGGUGCAUGAAGGGUAUCGAUCAAAUCUUGAACGAAGUUCGAAUUCUUUGUCAGGUGAACCAUCGAUGCCUUGUUCGUCUACUUGGAUGCUGCCUCGAACUCGAGCAACCCCUGCUAAUAUAUGAAUACAUCUCAAAUGGGAACCUAUUCGAUCACCUUCAUGGCAAUACAAGUUCAAGUAAAUGGCCACCGCUGACAUUGAGUCGUCGACUCUACAUUGCUCGCCAAACAGCUGAUGGCCUUGCUUAUCUACACACUUCAGCCAUGCCAAGAAUCUAUCACCGAGAUAUAAAGUCAAGCAAUAUUCUACUAGACGAGAAGUUGAAUGCUAAAGUUGCCGAUUUCGGGCUUUCUAGACUGGCCGUUACUGAAUCAAGCCAUAUUACAACUGGGGCUCAGGGAACAUUAGGUUAUCUAGACCCGGAAUAUUACUUAAACUUUCAAUUGACAGACAAGAGCGAUGUUUAUAGUUUUGGAGUUGUCAUGCUCGAGCUGUUGACUUCUGAGAAAGCCAUUGAUUUUAACAGAGAAGAGGAAGAUGUAAACUUAGUAGUUUAUAUCAAGAAGAUUAUCAAAGAAGACAGAUUGAUGGAAGUUGUUGAUCCUGUGAUCAAACAGAGAGCAAGCAGAGUUCAAAUAGAGAUAAUGAAGGCAUUAGGGUCUCUAGCAGCAGCUUGCUUGGAUGAAAAGAGGCAAAACAGACCUACAAUGAAAGAAGUUGCUGAUGAGCUAGCCAACAUUAUUUGUGUUCUUAACAGAGAGAUUCCAAAUAUUGACGAACUGUAAAGGUAACUUUUGAAUGCAUUUUUUGUCAAAGUUUUCUGUAUGAAACAAAUCAAAGAAAAGAAGAGGUAAAAAAAAGGGCAAUAGAUUCCUCCAUAGACAUGUAUUACUUUGAAAAUUCUCAAUGAAAAGCUCUAACAGAGUGUGUUUAGUUAAGUUUUGUCUUAAUAAGGCCAUUCGAUUUCGUUUGAAGGAUCAUAAUCUUCAUAUUUCAAUCCUUUUCUACUCUGUUUUCUAAAGUAAAUGGUAAACUGAACAAGAUCUUCUUCAAUUCUAACACAGAUUCAAAUCUAACUUUUAUUCUAAAUUCUAGUGAACUUUGGUAG